AUGAGCAAUAUUCAUUCUUAUCAAUCACAAUCACAACAGCAGCAGCAGCAGCAACAACAACAAGAAUCAUCAUUUAAUGAAAUUAAAACACAAUUAAUUACACGUGAAGGCGUGUAUCGUUUAAUACAACAAGCUGAAUAUGGUAGACCUAAACCAUCACCAUACGUACAACAUCAUCAUCAACAACAACAAUCGAAUGGACCGAAUGGACAGAGUUCCAGCAGUGUACCAUUGGUUCGAAUUUCAUUUACAAAAUUUAUUACAAUAAAUGGUUCAUUAUCAUUUCGAAAUCAUAAUAAUCUCGAUGGAAUAAUAAGUAAUACUAAUCAUCAAAAUGGUCAUAUAACACCAACAAAUGAAAAUGACGAUGAUGAUAAUAUUAAUGAUGAUGAUGAUGAUGGUGGUGGUGCAACAUUGGAUACUGUCGAUAAUCAAAUGCAAAUCGAUGUUCAUCAUCAUCAUUCUAAUAUUACACGAAUUUAUGAUCGUCAUGCACAUCAUCAUCAUCAUCCAUCUCAUCAUCAUUAUUCCUAUAAUAUUCCUAUCCAAGAAAGAAUCUGUUUCAAUAGUGGACGUGAACUAUUUGUUUAUGGUUUUCAUGGUUUACAGCCAUCCAAUCCAGCUGGAUUAAUUGAUCGUAAACAAUACAAAGCAACCUCGCCAACAUGUCAUGAUUUUUCCACAAAUAUUGAACCACCAAUUUCAUUAUUAUUGAUUGGUUUUUCAUUGGGCCAAAUACAAUUGGUGGAUUUUUAUCGUACAGAAAUUAGUAAAUUUUAUAAUCAAGAGAGAUUAAUUGAUAAAUCAAAAGUUACAUGCAUCAGAUGGUUACCACGUUCAAAAAGUAAUUUCAUCGUGUCAUAUAGUUCUGGACAGAUGUAUGUUUAUAAAGAAGAUUUACCUUGUUUCACUACGCAACCAAAUUAUCAACAAUAUAAAUGUGGCGAUGGUUUUGUUAUCUAUACGUGUAAAACACGUCAGCCACGUAAUCCAAUAUUUCGUUGGUCGAUUGGUGCUUCUAUCAAUAAUAAUAAUUCGAAUAACAGUUCAAAUGCAUGGAAUAGUGGUAACAUUCUGUCACAUCAAUCAUCUAUAAAUGAAUUUUCAUUUUCACCAUGUGGUAAAUAUUUGGCAAUCGUAUCACAAGAUGGUUUUCUUCGUUGUUUUCAUUAUGAUCAAAUGGAUCUUAUCGGAUGUAUGCGAUCGUAUUUUGGUGGCCUGUUAUGUGUUGAUUGGAGUCCAGAUUCAAAAUUCAUUGUGACCGGUGGUGAAGAUGACCUUAUCACUGUAUGGUCAUUACAAGAUAAACGUGUUAUUGCACGUGGCCAAGGACAUAAAUCAUGGGUGAAUUGUGUACGAUUUGAUCCAUAUAUGACUACAGAUAUGAAAAAUUCAAAUUUCGAUAAUGAUGAUGAUGAUGGCAAUGAUGAAGAUUGCGAUAAUGGUGAUCAAAAACAACAAUUUUCCGAUACAACAAAUGAAUUUCGACUAUUAACAAAUUAUCGUAUUGGAUCAGUUGGUCAAGAUACACAGAUUUGUUUAUGGGACCUUACUGAUGAUAUUAUCAGACAAUCGACAGUAAUAAAAUCACGAUCAAGAUCGACAAUAAGUCAACAUUCUUCAGGUGUUGUAGGUCAUCAUCAUCAUCAUCAUCAUUCAUUAUCAAAAACAACACCAGCACCAACGGCAAUAAAUUCUACUACUAAUCAUACGACUAUAACAACAGCAAAUGAUUCAACAACAAUCAAUAAUAAUCGUUCAUCAUUGAAAUUAUUUAGCACAUCAACAAAUAGUAAUAGCAAUAAUCAAUCCAAUCAUCAUCAUCAUCAUCAUCAUAAUUUUUUUAAUAGCCUUAAAAAAGGUGUUCAUAAAAAAUCAUCUGUUGUUGGAUUUUCAUUAGGUUCAUCAUCAUCAAAAUCAAUAUUGAAAUCUGAUCAAAAAUCAUCAUUAUCAAUGAAUUUAAAUAAUGAACAUUCAACACCAUUAUCAUCAUCAAUAAGCCAUCAUCAUCAUAAUAAUGUUGCUGCCGUUAUUGAAUCAAACUGUGAUCCAUCUCGUUUACUUGGUACGAUUGUUUGUCCACGUCUUAAAGAGGUUCCAAUGCUUGAACCACAUGUAUGUAAAAAAAUUUCAAAUGAACGUCUUACGUCGUUGAUAUUUCGUAAAGAAUCAAUAGUUGUAGCAAAUCAUGAUGGUAAAAUAUUGCUAUUUGCUCGGCCAACUAAAUCGAAUAAUACGAACCUAAAAAUAUCAAGUCCAAAUGCAUCAAUGGCAAGUGAUGUUAAUGAGAUACCAAUUGUUCCAGGUGAUUUGAAUGAAUGAAACGAUUGCAAUAAUUUUCAAUUUAUACCGGAUGGUAUUUUGGUGACAACAACAACAACAACAAAACAACAAAAGGGACAAAAAAACCUACUAACUAGUCAGAUUGAUCCCGAAUUUUUUUCGCUUUGUUUGUUUGUUUCUUUUCUCAUUACCACACAUGCAUUCAUGUUAUAAUUUGUUGUUUUAAAAAAUAAUUAAUGAUAAAAAAAAUUGAAUUUAAAA